UACCAUGAUAUUGAGAUAAUAUUGAAGGAAGGUAAACGACCUCCCUAUGGACCAAUAUAUGGCCUCUCCCAAACUGAACUAAAAGCACUACGGGAAUACCUUGAUGAAAACCUACCUAAGGGAUUUAUUCGGGCCAGUGAGUCGCCAGCGGGAGCACCCAUACUGUUCGUAAAGAAAAGUGAUGGGACUCUCCGACUCUGUGUGGAUUAUCGAGGUCUCAAUGCAAUCACGGUUAAAAAUCGAUAUCCGUUACCAUUGUUAAAGGAAACCCUGGCCAAGUUAUCAAGAGCGCAAUACUACACCAAGCUGGAUCUACGUUGGGGAUAUAACCAAAUUAGGGUAGCCGAGGGAGACGAAUGGAAAACGGCGUUCAGGACUCGUUAUGGACAUUUCGAAUAUACUGUAAUGCCGUUUGGAUUAGCGAAUGGCCCUGCCACAUUCCAACACUGGAUCAAUGAUAUUCUACGUCCUUACCUCGAUCAAUUUGUAACGGCAUAUCUGGAUGACAUCCUGAUCUAUUCGGAGACUCUGUCGGAGCACAAAGAGCAUAUUCAGAAGGUUCUGAAGGUACUUGAUGAGAAUCAUGUUCACGUUAAGCGUGAGAAAUGCGAGUUUAUGGUUCAGGAAACAAAGUAUCUCGGCCUUAUUCUCACCCCGGAUGGGAAUAGGAUGGAUCCGAAAAAGGUUGUCGACGUAUUAGAGUGGUCUAUACCGCAGAACCUUCAUGAUGUUCAGGUAUUUUUGGGAUUUGCUAAUUUCUAUCGACGGUUUAUCCUAGGAUACUCAAAGAUUGUUGCUCCACUUACGGCUUUGACGAAGAAAAAUGUUAAGUUCGAAUGGACGGAUGAAAGAGAGGAAGCAUUCCAGACAUUGAAAAAGAUGUUUACAACGGCACCCAUAUUAGCGCACUUUGAUCCGAAUCGAAAAAUCGUAGUAGAAACCGAUGCAUCCGACUAUGUUUCUGCUGCAAUCCUAUCCCAACGUGAUGAUGAAGGAAUUUUACAUCCAGUUGCUUUCUUCUCAAAGAAGCAUUCCCCUGCGGAAUGCAACUAUGAAAUCUAUGAUAAAGAACUUCUGGCAAUUGUACGAUGUUUUGAGGAAUGGCGACAUCAUUUGGAAGGGGCACAAUUCCCAAUCGAAGUCCUCAGCGAUCAUAGGAACCUUGAAUAUUUCAUGUCAACAAAGCUAUUAAACCGUCGACAAGCCCGUUGGUUGGAAUUUCUUUCACGUUUCGAUUUCGUCAUUCAAUUUAGACCAGGGAAACAAGGGGCAAAGCCGGAUGCAUUGACUAGGAGGUCAGGUGACCUACCUAAGGAGGGGGAUGAACGGUUGACGCAUCAAAGCCAGGUGGUUUUGAAGCGAAAAAAUUUGCAUUCAAAGCUAAGUUUGUUAGCGGGUUCUUUUUCAAAUGAAUCUGCUGAAGGAAUGUCCACUGUAGAAGAGUUGUUUUUAAAUGCUUACCAAAUUGACAGUUUCCCGAACAAAGUCCUCGCGAUGCUCCGGAAUGGCGUCCGCCACUCGAACAAAAUCUCCCUUGCCGAAUGCACGGAAGAUAACAAUGGUCGACUACUCUAUCGAGGCACCCUAUAUGUACCAGACGAUGAUGAUCUCCGGUUAAGACUCUUGAAAGAAUCUCAUGAUAAACCAUCUGCAGGACAUCCGGGUAGAGCAAAGACAUUGGAACUUCUAAGUCGAGAAUAUUAUUGGCCACAAAUGCGAAAAUAUGUCGACCAAUACGUUAGGAAUUGCAAUGUGUGUGUCCGUAGCAAGGCACCACACAUUGCACCUUAUGGAGUACUCCGCCCCAUGCCAAUACCUGAUGGACCAUGGACGGAUGUGUCAAUGGAUUUUGUUACAGAUCUUCCUGAAAGCAAUGGGUAUAAUGCAAUCCUAGUUGUGGUAGAUAGGUUGACUAAAAUGCGACACCUUAUACCGACAACUAAAGAGGCGGAUUCAAGGGAAGUAGCGAGGCUAUACAUUGAAAAUGUUUGGAAAUUACAUGGACUACCUGAAACUAUGGUAUCUGAUCGAGGAACACAAUUUGUUGCGGAGUUUUGGAGGUCCCUUUGCGAUCGUUUGGAAAUAUCGCCAAAGUUCUCUAAAGCGUUUCACCCCCAGACGGAUGGACAAACGGAAAGAAUCAAUGCUGUGAUGGAACAAUACCUUCGAAGUUAUGUUUCUUAUCAACAGGACGACUGGGUUCGAUGGUUGCCAAUGGCCGAGUUUGCAACAAAUAACCAUGCUUCGGAAACGACGAGAAUCUCUCCAUUUUACGCCAACUCAGGGAGGAAUCCAAGAAUGACUUUUGGUCCUUUGGAACAUGGUAGGACGACAGCGGAGGAUCAGGCCAAUAGUAUUGCAAGGGAGAUGAAGGAUAUAUUGGAUUUUCUAAAGGAUGAAUUAUUUCGAACGCAAAGGAUUCAAGAAGAGUCCGCCAAUAUACGUCGGACUCCAGCACCUCACUAUCGUGUGGGGGAUAAAGUUUUCUUAUCGACCCGCCAUGUCCUCACCAAACGACCCUCGAAGAAACUCGAUUGGAAGCGUAUUGGGCUAUAUGUUAUUAAGCGAAUUAUUAAUCCUUAUGCCUAUGAGUUGGAACUCCCUCGUUCUAUGAAAGUUCAUCCUGUAUUCCAUGUCUCUUUAUUACCGUCUGCAGCAAACGAUCCUUUACCAGGACAACAACAGUUACCACCACCACCGGUCGAAGUUGAAGGACAGGAGGAGUGGGAAGUCGAGGAUAUUUUGGAUUCCAGGGAUCGUCGGGGAAGAUUUGAAUACUUGGUUAAGUAUGCCGGUUAUGACGAAGCUUCGUGA